GGUAUUAAAAAAAAAAAAGCCGAGGAAGCCUCCCGGUGGAGGUAUGCCAGAGGGUGGUGGGGGCUACUCCCGGCGUCCCGCGGAUAGACAGGGAGCCAGGCCGCAGGUCGGAUAGAGGUCUCCAGAUUAGACACCUCCAUCGACCCGGCGGCGGAAAGACUUCUCCGCUCCGGAAUUGCGGAGUCGUCCUUCCUCCCGCGCAGCCCGCCCCUGGGGUCACGCCGCUUACGGUCGUUACCGGGGGAGCGGGGAGAGGUCGGCCUUCGCCAACCCGGGGACAAACCAGAGCCGGCCGGCGGGGAUGCGGGCCAGACGGGGGUCUCCCCUGAGAGCCUGCAGCGGGAGCGCCCCGCGCCUGCGCCGGCCCGGCCCGGGGCGCGUGGGUCCCACUGACACCCUUCUAACCCCAGUCUGGAGUCUUUUAUUGAUUCGUGGAUGCAAGCAUUGGAAAUGUUUUCAUCGUGAAGGUCCAAUUUGAUUUACCUACAUUUUGAUCAAGUGUAACCUGAAGAACUCAACAUGAGGUUUGAACAUUAGUCACCUAUGAUAGUUCCUUUUAUCAUGAUUUCCAGUCCGAAAAUUUACCAAACUAAGUUUAUCAAAAGACAUUGGAUCCAAAGUAGGAUAAAUAAGAGAGAAAUGUUGUCUAAUGACUGUCAGCACUUUGGAGGAGGGAAUAUAGGAGUCAACGUUGGCUGUUAGGUAUGUUUGCCAGUCACACAUUUCCUCUGAUAGACGUUUCCUCUGAUAUUCCUGUAAGUCUCAUCCUGAAGAGCUUUACAUACUUCCACAGCUGCUGCAAAAGAUGGCGCACAGAAAUGGUGAUGCAAAAGCUUUUUGGAGGGGUCUAGAAGAGGAUGGAAAAGUAGACAUGAUAUUUGAGCAUGUACAGAAUGUACUGCUGUCACUCAAACAAAAGAUCAAAGAUGGGUCAGCUACAAAUCAAGAAUACAUUCAAGCCAUGACUCUGGUGAAUGAAGCAAUUACAAGGAACACUUUACUACCAAUAAACGAUGAUGAUAUAACUGACAGAGACAGUGAGCAAGAAAGCAAAUCAAGUGUUUUACCUCCAACUUCACAAGAAGACUCCAAUUCAGAAGACUCCUUGAUUUUAACCGUAGAGGAUAUAGCAGUUCUAACUUUGGAAAAUGAUGUUUCAAAUGAUGAAGGGAAAAUACUAUCUUUGAAUCUGUCUUAUCAGAUUCAUGACUGCUGUGAUAAAUGUCUACCGAAAAUACCUCUCAACUCCAGAGUGGAAAACCCACUCAUGAUGCCCAUCUUGAGUCAUUUCCAAAGGCGACAUGCAAAGACAAACUCUAAUUGUGCCACAUUCCACGUGAGUUAUAAAACCCCUUGUGGAAGAAGUUUGAGGAACUUUCAGGAGGUCCACCGUUUCCUGCUUGAGACAGAAUGUACCUUUUUAUUUUUACAUAAUUUUUCUUUCAAUACCUAUGUGCAGUUGAACAGGAAUAUGGUGGAGAAAGAAGUUUUUGUUUCUGACUCUGAUAUUAGCCACGGAACCGAAUCUGUGCCUAUUACCUUCUGCAAUGAAGUUGACAACAGAAGACUGCCACACUUCAAGUACCGGAGGCGGACGUGGCCACAUGCCUACUACCUCAACAAUUUCUCUGGCAUGUUUAGUAAUUCAUGUGACUGCUCAAAAGGCUGCAUGGAUAUAACAAAAUGUGCAUGUCUCCAGCUGACAGCAAAGGGUUAUGAUGAGAGUUCUGCAAGGUCAAGUGUUAAACCCCCUCGUGGCUAUAGCUAUAAAAGACUGCAGCAGCCAGUACCCAGCGGAAUUUUUGAAUGCAGCCUUUUGUGCAAAUGUGAUCCAAGGACAUGUCAGAACAGAGUUGUCCAGCAGGGUCUCCAAGUGCGCCUUCAGGUUUUCAAAACUGAGAAGAAAGGAUGGGGAGUCCGCUGCCUUGAUGACAUCGACAAAGGGACAUUUGUUUGCACUUACUCAGGGAGAUUACUAAGCAGAGUUGGCCUGGAGGAAAUUGGUUCUGUUGAUGGAAAAGAGGAAGAAGAGGAGGAGGACAUUGCUACCAAUGACAUCGGAUCCCCAGCACUUUCAAAGAAGAGGAAAACAGAAGCUACUUAUUCUGAUCCUGAAAUUGAAUUUGUCCAGAUUGAAGUAGGAGCAAUUCCUGGAGACACAGAGACUCAAGAGUACCUGAUUGAACUCAGCAGUGAGGCAGAUCCAUCUAUUCAGGGUGAGAAGUAUGAAUAUGAUCUAAGAAUUGAAAAUCAACCAACCACUAGAAGACCUAAAACUAAAACAGCCCUUCUUCAAAACUUUCAGGAAAAAAGGGGAAUUGUUACCCUGGAGUCUGGUAUAAGCUCAGAAGAAGAGGAUGAAGCUCAGCCAACUGAAAUCCAACCAGCCCCCAAUACCAACGAAAAAAAAAGGGAAGCAAGCUGCCUUGGCGAAAUUUCCAGAGACAAGUUGUUGAUCAGGUGUACCAUGCUAGAGAACCAUCUCGGUAAAGAAGAAAGUCUAGCAGAGAGCACGUGUGAUCAGGGUGGGACAGAAGAAGGCGAGGUUCAGGAGCAAGGCUCCCAAGAGGAGAGAACGCUGGAGAUGCAAAGUCAGGAAAUCCUUUGUGAUGAAGAGUCACUAUUUGACACACACACUGAUGCUUCAGAGCCUGUGAAGAAGCUUCACGAAGAGAGCAUUUACUUACUGGAUGCUACCAAAGAAGGAAACGUGGGUCGCUUCCUAAAUCAUAGUUGUAACCCAAAUCUCUUCGUACAGAAUGUUUUUGUAGAAACACAUGACAGAAAUUUUCCAUGGGUGGCAUUUUUCACAAAAAGGCAUGUGAAGGCAGGAACGGAACUCACUUGGGAUUAUGGUUAUGAAGCUGGAAGUAUACCUGAGAAAGAGAUUCCUUGUCAAUGUGGCUUUCACACUUGUAGAAAAAGAAUAUUAUCCAUCUCUACCAGCGCCUGCCGGGCCCAGGGUGCUUGCUUGUCAAUCAUGAUGGACGAAACCUUGAGAGACCCCGCUGGUAUCUUCCAGCAAAGGAUGGUAAAAAUAACUUGUGAUCUGUGUCCUCAAGAUGAUGAACGUGGUAUACUAUAUGUCUCACAAGAUCUUGAAUUAGUAGCACACCAAAAUUGUUUGUUAUAUUCUUCAGGACUUGUGGAAUCUGAGAGUGAUGAUCAUCCUUGUUUAGAUGAUCAAGACAGACAUUUUGAUGUGGAGCUAGUGAAAGAGGAAAUCAAUAGAGGAAAGAGACUGAAAUGCUCAUUAUGCCUUAAGAAAGGAGCUACUGUGGGAUGUGAUGUUAAAAAAUGUUCCAAGAAUUAUCAUUUCUUCUGUGCCAGACAAGACCAAGCAACAGUGCAAGCUGAUGCAACAACUUACAGAGUGUUCUGCCAAAAACACAACCCUGGAAAAAACAAUCCAAUUCCUAUGCGAAAACGGUAUCUCCCAACAAAAGUUGAUCUGUUGAAGAAGAUAAAAAAUGCGGGGCUCAUCGAACAUCUAUUUGAAGCUCUACUAGAAGAUCUUGAUAAGAUUCAUUUCAAGUUGAAGGACGACACCACCUCAGAAAAAGAAUUACAAGAAAUUGUAACUUUACUCUUUGACUGUGCCAUAUUUAGACAAUCACUGAAGAAAAUGUCUGCAGACACAAUGAUAGCGAAACUUCAGAGUGAACAGGAACACCUGCAGAAGAAGGUAGAAGUACUUCAAGAUGUCAGAGAAAGCCUAUUUUCUCCUCAGGAAGAUAUAUAGUGUUAUUUUCUCAGCUGGUUCUUAACCUUUUUCACCUACUGUUUCAUAAAUUGGGGGCUUACAUGUUGUUUUAUUCAAAAUGUUUUAGCAAUGUACUUUUCUUAUACUGUGACUGCUCAAUGAUUUUUCACUCCAAGUAGUAACCCUCCCUUGUAACUCUUCCUCAUUAGAUUAUAGUCAUUGAAAGCAGGGAUGAUCUUCUUCCUCUUUUUCAUAUCCUCAACAUUUAGCACACCUGGUACACUGUAGGUGCUUAAUGCAUACUGACUGAUUGAUAAUAAAUAACUAGUCAAGCCAACACAUUUUACAUGGGCUUAUGUGAAAGUCAUAACCUUUAUUAUGAAAUAAACAAUGAUUGUGAGUUAUUUUUAAA